GUGGAUGUCAGUCUGGGUGGAAAUACAGUGUGUGUUUUUUAAAGUUCAUUAGAGUUCAGAGUUUUGAAGUAACAGCUGUGAAAUGAGGAGGCUGACUGGGCUCAGGGACUCAAACACGGCUGGGAGUAAACAGUGUUUAAUAAUGUGGGAGAUGAUCAAAAGUAAAAAGUUCUCUAAAUAACAGUCAGCAGAUCAGACAGUGGUCGAAGCAAGGCUGAAGUACAAAAGGGUUAUGACCACGUGGAGAUCACUGGGAAAAUAACAUUUAGUACUGAGAAGCUGAUUUAGCAAAGCAGAGCAAAAAAUCUGGCAACCCAGGGGGGGUUCCUGAAGGGAAGCAAAACCACACAGGUGGAGGUAAUUAGCUGGCCACACUGGAGAGAGACACAGCAGGCAUGGAGGCAACAGCUGGUGUCUGAGGUGAGGUCUUCACAGAGGAGUGGAACCAUGUGGCUUCUAUUCUCCUCUCUGACUCUGCUGGCGAUCGGCUUCGGAACAUGUGAUGAGGCGGUGCCUGAGCCAGAUGAACUGUGUCCCUUAUUGCAAGUGGACGAAUGGAGGUUUCCCCAGGCGACCCGGCACAACAUCACCGGUUAUAAUCUGGUGAGGCGUUUCUCCCUGCUCAAGAGUCCAGAUGUCAAGAAGAUCCGUAACCCUCGAGGACAUGUCAUCCUGCGUCUGGGCAAGACCGCGCUCCUACGCCCCACCACGGAAGUGUUUCCAAAUGGCCUACCUGAGGAGUUCACCCUGAGCUUCACCCUAGCUUUAAAGAAGGCUGCCCUGAGGGACACCGUCUACCUCUUCCAGAUUUCAGACCAGCAGGGAUACCCACAGCUCUCUGUAGACUUCAGCGGCACCGAUGGCACCCUGUCCCUGCGAGUCAAGGGUGUGGGCACCGACGAAGACCCAGUCAGUGUUGUUUUCUCUGGGGAGGCAGUGGAGACGCUAAUGGACCUGCGCUGGCACAAGGUUGCCAUUAGCCUUCAACAAGAGUCGGCCUCCCUCCUCAUAGACUGCAGCUCUGGUGAGACCAAGCUGCUGGAGCCACAUGGAGAUAUGGCAACUGAUGGACACACCAUGCUGGGCAUACGGGCCUCUGAUGCUGGACCUGUGCAGAUGGACAUCCAGCAGGCGGUGCUUUACUGUGACCCAUCUCUUGCCAUUCAGGAGGCCUGCUGUGAGAUACCUGGAGCGAGGUGUCCUCCCGAUGCUCCUAAGAGUCGCCGUGCUGCUGAAAAUGACCUGCUGGAGAACACAUUCAAUCAAGACGUUUCCUCCUCCAAGGACCUGGCAGAGAAGGUAUUUAACCUGGCCGGUUCUGCUGGGUUUAAAGGGGAAAAAGGUGACCGGGGUGGUGACUGCUCUGGCAGCCAUUCAGGUCCAUGCAGAGAUGGACUCCAAGGCCAGAAGGGAGAGAAAGGCGAAGGGGCAAAUCCUGCCAACUGGGCUGAGGCAGCAUUUUCCAAGGGAGAAAAAGGUCAAAAGGGAGAAAUCGGGCCACAGGGUCUUACAGGAACUCCAGGACUGGAUGGUCGCGUCGGCUCCAUUUGUGUUGUCGGCCCCAAGGGACAGAAGGGUUCACCGGGAUUGGUGGGUCCUGAGGGCUUAGCUGGAGAACCUGGAAGGCCUGGACGCCCAGGUACUCCAGGUAUUGGAAUUCCAGGCUUACCAGGUCCUCCUGGUGAAUCGACCAGUGUGAAAGGAGACAAGGGAGACGCGGGAUAUCCAGGAGAAGAAGGAUUGCCAGGAGAUCCAGGGCCACGAGGACCCCCGGGGACUAAGGGAGCGAAGGGUGACCCUUGUGAAGUGUGCCCUGUGCUGGGUGCAGGCGGAGACGACACAGUGGCUGUGCAAGGGAAGCCCGGUCCCAAAGGAGAGCCUGGAUUACCAGGGAUCGGGGAGAAAGGAUCGCCUGGGCCUCAAGGUGCCGAUGGCAAACCAGGACAAAAGGGCCACACUGGCAGCAAAGGAGCUGACGGUAAACCGGGAAAACCUGGACCGAAGGGGCCCGCCGGCAAGGAUGGACAGAGUGGAGCAAAGGGAGAGCCGGGUCUGCCUGGGCUGGGUCUGCCAGGCCUUAAGGGCGAGAAGGGCGAAUGCGGCAUGUGUCAAGCAUUGGAAGUUGGCAGCGGUCCCGCUGGUAUCAAACUGCCCGAAGGAACACGGGGCAAGCAGGGUGAACCAGGACCCCCGGGCCCGCCAGGACCUCAGGGUCUCGGAGCUGACGGCAAACAGGGCCCACCAGGCCUGGCCGGUGCAAAGGGAGAAAAGGGCGACCAAGGAGAUCAAGGAGAACAAGGAUUAGACGGUGCUACCGGAGCCCCAGGACUACCGGGAGUGCCUGGUCGAGAUGGAUUAAUGGGCUUAAAGGGAGAGAAGGGUGACGCUUGUACCAGCUGUCCUUCCCUGGGUCCCACAGUGGCUGAUGGUGUAGCUGUGUCAGGCCCGAAAGGAGAGAGAGGAGAGCCUGGUCCCCCCGGAGAAGGGAAGCCUGGCAUGAUUGGAAUACCAGGCUUACCAGGUGUUAAGGGACUAACUGGUCCCAAAGGAAGCAAGGGAGAAGCUGGCGUUCCAGGAGUGGGCCUGCAGGGACCUCAUGGUGAAGAGGGACCCAGAGGCCUGCCAGGGCUUGUUGGACCCGCUGGAGUCACAGGAUCACCUGGUCCUGUAGGCCCUCCGGGGGUGAAGGGAUCCAAAGGAGAAAUGGGGCUUCCAGGGCAACCAGGGCCGAUGGGCUUCGGUGUAGUCGGUCCCCCGGGUAAUGACGGAGCCCGUGGGUCUAAAGGAGAGGCGGGGGCCGACGGCCAACCUGGACUUGAUGGAGCUAAGGGGGACAAGGGUGAACCUGGAGAGUGCAACUGCUUAUACCCAGGUCACGGGGGCAUCGGUGGACCUGGAGCUCCAGGAGCUUCACCUAACAUGUGGCAGCCUGGGCCUCAGGGACCACCAGGACCCCCCGGACCACCAGGGCCUCCUGGUCCUCAGGGUGUCCAUGGAAUCCAAGGAUCCCAGGGUAUCCCCGGAAAUGAUGGGAUACCAGGGAAACCCUGUUUGCCUGGAUACAUCAAUAUCGCUGAUCCAAACCAGUUACCACAAGACUCCAGUUUAGAUGAUGAAAAAUGUGAGGAUGGCUGUUCCGCAGGGUCGCCGGGCGUACCAGGCCUGGCUGGUGCCAAGGGUGAAAAAGGAGAUCAGGGAAAGCCUGGUGUGACCCCUCUGGACAGCUGUGACCGGUGUUUGGAGAGACUCCAGAAGACGCAGGCGACUCAACCCAUGUGUGAGCAAUCCUGCUCAGGAGCUCCUGGAAUACCUGGAGUAUCUGGACGACCCGGAAUAAAGGGAGAGCAAGGAAUACCAGGAGACAGAGGCCAAUCUGGAAUGCCAGGAAAUCUGGGACCUCCAGGAUUCCCCGGACCUCCUGGUCCACCCGGAAUAUCUGGUCAGCAGGGUGAGCAGGGGUUGCCCGGCCUUUUGGGAUUAAAGGGCGAGCAGGGCCCCACAGGGACACCGGGAUACCCAGGGUCCAUGGGACCGCCAGGGUUACCGGGACUUAAAGGUGAACGCGGCAGCCCUGGAAGCGGUGGUCAGAAAGGAGAAUCAGGUCUUCCCGGUAACCCCGGGUAUCAAGGACAGGCUGGCUCUCAGGGCAUUAAAGGAGACACAGGGCCAGCGGGACCUCCUGGUAGCAAAGGCGAACCGGGUUUCCAAGGAUCACCAGGAUUCCCAGGACCUCCUGGUCUACCGGGCCCUGCUGGCAAAUCUGGAAGGGAGGGGCUCCCAGGGGUCAAAGGUGAAAAGGGUAACGACGGUUUACAAGGGUCUCAGGGUUCAGCUGGAGCCCCAGGUCGUACAGGAUCUCCUGGUCUUAUGGGUCCCCCCGGCAUUGAAGGAAUAGACGGGAAGGACGGUAAACCAGGAUUGAGGGGAGAGCCAGGCCCUGCAGGCCCUGCAGGACCCAGAGGAAUCCCAGGAUUCAAAGGGAAAACCGGUCACGUCGGCUUUCCCGGGCAGAAGGGAGAACCCGGACCCUCCGGUCCACCUGGACCCUCAGGCAGACAAGGACAUGAUGGUGACCCCGGCACACCAGGAACCAUAGGCAGACCUGGACCACCUGGCCACGCUGGAUCUACUGGGCCCGCUGGACCUCCAGGGCCUCCCGGUCCAUCAGGAAUGGGUUUACCAGGAGACAAGGGUAAAGAUGGUGAGAGGGGUCUUCCGGGGAUGCAAGGAUCCCCAGGACCUCCCGGGCACCCCGGACCUAUGGGAGAGCCAGGCAACGACGGUGCUGCCGGUAAAGAUGGAGUGACAGGGCCUUCUGGAGAGAAUGGUCAGCCAGGUCAAAAGGGUGAACCCGGGGCCCCAGGCCAGAGGGGUCCCGCAGGUGAAAGAGGGCGACCGGGACCUCCCGGCGGUGGCUUAGGGUACCACUCCAAGGACGCUCAGCCGAUGAUUGGACCAGUAGGACCCAGAGGAGAGAGGGGAAGCCCAGGCUCAGCCGGCCCACCCGGGCCCGCUGGGUCUCCAGGUUCACCAGGAAACGAUGCCGUGGUCAAUUACGAUGACAUCAAGAACUUUAUUCGGCAGCAGGUCAUCAAGAUUUUUGAUGAGAGAAUGGGAUACUACAUGUCUCGCAUGCAGAUGCCCGUAGAGAUGGUGGCAUCUCCGGGUCGGCCCGGGCCCCCGGGAAAAGACGGGUCUCCGGGUAAUCCGGGGGCUCCGGGUUCACCCGGCAUGCCGGGACAUAUGGGCAGACAGGGGCGAACAGGUGCCCCGGGUGUCCCAGGAUCACAAGGACCUCGUGGAGAAAAAGGUGAUAAAGGUGUGGGAGAGAUGGGAGAUGUCGGACCUCCGGGAGCACCAGGUGUCCCCGGUCCACCUGGUUAUGGAAAGAUGGGACCUCCGGGUUCUGUUGGCCAGCAGGGUGUCCCCGGCAUACCGGGUCCUCCCGGUCCACCUGGUUCAAAGGGAAAUGAGGGCCGGUGUAAUCCUUCAGACUGCGUGGGCCGUCAGGAAGAGUACAGCCCCAAGGGACCACACGUGAAGGGCCCGUGGUAGAGGGCUAACAUGAUGGCUAAUAGAAAAUUGGGAACUGAACCAAAAGUAACUGUUAAAACAAGCUGAAGUCCAAAAAGCCAAAGUGAAUGAAUUUGAUGAAAUAAGGUGUAUAGAUUUUGCCCCACAUAGUUUUCGCAGUUGCAAAAUUCCACUUUUUAAAGGCCCCACUGGAACAGGACAACCGAGUGACAGCGGCACAAUUUUAGUGGCAAUGUUUCUGUCUUGUGUCUGUUUUUGUUUUUUUUUUGUUUUUUCAGUUAACACCCAUUCAGUGUUGUAUUACUGCUUUUGAUUUCCAUGUUGUGUUUCAAUUCUUUCUAUACAUUUUCAAAUGACCCAGUGAAGGUCACAGGAGUCAUUCUGUAUUUUGUUCAUGGACUUUUAUGUACCCCCCCCCCCCCCCCCCCCCCUUUGUUUUUGGUCAUUUUCUUCCAGUCUUUUCUCUUGACCUCUUAUCAAUCAUCAUCAUUUGCCUUUCGUUGCAUAUUUUAGUGCCCACGAUCUGAUAUGUAGUUGAUUUGGACCAUGUGCCUAAAAUGCAUACCCCGACUGAAUGUUUUGUAUAUACUUAUAUUUAUAUAUAUAUGGAGUGGCUUUGAUAAUUUUCUUAAGCAUGUCCUUCAAGCCGUUUAAAACAAAUUAGUAGUUGUGAAAGAGACAUGUAUAGCGUCAUUCAAAAUAGAUGUUUAUUCCAAGUUAUUUAUACAAUUUGAACCAAACCUCCUGAGACAUGAAAGAACAUUGUGAUGUGUAGAUAAUGUCAGUUCCAAUUUAUUUGGUUUAAUCUGCAUAAGGGGAGCCAUGUAAGGCAUUUGUUGUGAGUUAAGUCCUUUUACCACAAGUACUGUAAUAGAACACACUAUGCUCGACUGCCAAGACAUGACAAUUAUACUAUGGGAAGGAGAAGCUUGACACGGUGGUAUUUGUGUUUUUGACAUGUCAAACCUCUGACCUUUGGUCAAUCAAUGAAUAGUUUUUGCUCCAAAGUUUGAAUGUGAUGUUGU